AUGAAGCAAGAUGGCAGUGUGAGCGCAUGGGGUUGGGAGGCUUCAGGUGCAUCUUCCGUUGCAGGCUUCACUUCUGGUGUCGAAGCUGUCUUUGCAAAUGACAACGCUUUCGUGGCGCAGAAGUCAGAUGGCACGUUGGUCAGUUGGGGGAAGGGCGUCAGCAGCAGUGGUUUUACUCUGUCCGGCAUGGUGCAGUUUGUGACCAGCAGCGUACAAUUCAGCACCGUGGCGGCAAAAGUCGAAUCCGCCAUCGAGUUUAUCCAAGCCACAGAUUCUGCCUUCGCUGCCAAGCAUGUGAACGGAAGUGUCGUCACGUGGGGACUCAAGCAUCGUGGCAGAUCAAAUUUCAUCCGGGGUGGCCACGGACCCCUGCUACACGCAAACUUCAACGACGUUCACGUCGGAGACGCUCACUUCGGUAACGCUCACGACAUCAACGACAACGAUUACUACGGGGACAAAUACUUCGUUGACCUCGACUACGUCAUCGUUGACGCUCACGACGUCCACUUUCACCACAUCGCCGACACUACGCAGACAUCCACAAAGACACUGUUGACUGGAACGACGCUCAUUGCAACGGUGACCACUGCAACGGUGACGUCCACCUCCAUGACAACGACAACGUCAACGGUGACGGAACAUAAGGAGCCUCGGCAGGGACUUCGGUGA